CACUGACAAUAAUGAGAAACAAUCAGAGGUGCAAUCACAGAGAAACCCCACAUCUGAAAGAGUCACAAACCCGCCCGUGAAUGAAUGAGACCUGACCCUGCGCUGGCACGCGCAUCUUGCAGGAGCUUUAAAGACUCUCGAUCCAGCUGACGUAAAACACAGGAAAACCAGCAACUGACACCUCCACUCACACACUACAAAGUCGACUCUGAAUGAACCCGUCUGUUAUUAUGGGCGUUGGAGGCAGCAGCCUCUCUGACAAGACAAACACUAUGAGAAGCCGCUACAUGAAGCGACCACAGCCUGGGUGGAGCCGCUAACACACGGCUGAAACACCAUCAUUUGGCAACUGAUUUAAGAUAACUAUCCCCUUUCUGCGGAUGAGCGUCGCUUGCCGUCAACGCUCGCCUGCUGGCGAACUGGGCUGACUAAUUGUGCCGUGGACCCGGCCGUCGUUUCUUCAUCCUCCCGUCUGACGACUCCGAGCAUGACAGAGCGCAGAAUGGAGAAGUAAGCGGCUGGGCUUCAUGCGGGUGCUGGUUGCUGUUGGCUGUCCUGGUUGUGCGAUGGCAGCAAUCUAAGGUCAACCUGUGGAUUUUUUACAACACGCGCAAACCCCCCCCCACACCAUCUCUCUGGACAGUGGACGGCUGAGGAGGAGAGAGGCCCGCGGGAACAAUGGCAAAGUACCACUGGCAGAGUCAAAAUGUCAAGCAAAGCGGCGUGGACGACAUGGUCCUCCUGUCAAAGAUCACCGAAGACGCCAUCGUGGACAACCUGAAGAAGAGAUACAUGGACGACUACAUCUUUACUUACAUCGGCCCUGUGUUGAUAUCUGUUAACCCCUUCAAACAGAUGCCCUACUUCACUGACAGAGAGAUUGAACUCUAUCAAGGAGCUGCCCAGUAUGAGAAUCCACCGCACAUCUACGCCUUGACUGACAACAUGUACAGAAACAUGAUGAUUGACGGGGAGAAUCAGUGUGUUAUCAUCAGCGGUGAGAGCGGUGCUGGGAAGACAGUGGCUGCCAAAUACAUCAUGGGUUACAUUUCCAAAGUAUCUGGAGGAGGAUCGAAAGUGCAGCAUGUAAAAGAAAUCAUCCUGCAGUCAAAUCCUCUGUUGGAAGCCUUUGGUAAUGCCAAGACUGUUCGCAACAACAACUCUAGUCGUUUUGGGAAAUACUUUGAGAUCCAGUUCAGCAGAGGAGGGGAGCCAGAUGGUGGAAAAAUAUCAAACUUUCUGCUCGAGAAGUCAAGGGUGGUCAGCCAGAACGAGAACGAGAGGAACUUCCACAUUUACUAUCAGUUGAUAGAGGGAGCUAGUGCUCAGCAGAGAGAGGCCCUGGGCGUCAUGACUCCUGAUUAUUACUACUACCUCAACCAGUCUGGGACAUACAAGGUGGAUGGGACCAAUGACAGCAAAGACUUCCAGGAAACUAUGGAGGCCAUGCAGGUGAUUGGGAUCCCAGGUGACAUCCAGACGCAGGUGCUGCAGAUCGUUGCGGGUAUCCUCCACCUGGGAAACAUUAGCUUCAUAGAAGCAGGCAACUAUGGGCAGGUGGAAAGCACAGACUUGCUCGCAUUCCCCGCCUAUCUGCUGGGCAUCGACCCCAACCGUCUGCAGGACAAGCUGACCAGCCGGAAGAUGGAUUCAAAGUGGGGAGGGAAGUCUGAGUCCAUUAACGUGACCCUGAACCAGGAGCAGGCCAACUACACACGAGAUGCCCUGGCCAAAGCGCUGUAUGCACGCCUCUUUGACUACCUGGUGGAGUCUAUAAAUAAAGCCAUCCAGAAACCAUAUGAGGAAUUCAGCAUCGGAGUGCUUGACAUUUAUGGCUUUGAGAUAUUCCAGAGAAACGGUUUUGAGCAGUUUUGCAUCAACUUUGUCAACGAGAAACUGCAACAGAUCUUCAUCGAACUCACCCUGAAGGCUGAGCAGGAAGAAUAUGUUCAGGAGGGCAUCAAGUGGACGCCCAUCGAGUACUUCAACAACAAGAUCGUGUGCGACCUUAUUGAAAAUAAACUGAACCCUCCGGGUAUAAUGAGCGUGCUGGAUGAUGUGUGCGCCACCAUGCAUGCCAAAGGAGAGGGUGCAGAUGGCACUCUGCUGCAGAAACUGCAGGCUGCUGUGGGGACGCACGAACAUUUCAACAGCUGGAACUCGGGCUUUGUUAUACAUCACUACGCCGGGAAGGUGUCGUAUGAUAUCAACGGCUUCUGUGAGAGAAAUCGGGACGUGCUUUUCCCCGACCUCAUCGAGCUCAUGCAGAGCAGUGAAUUUAACUUCAUCCGUAGCUUGUUCCCCGAAAACCUCAACACAGAUAAAAAAGGAAGGCCGACCACGGCAAGUUCAAAGAUCAAGAAACAAGCGAACGACCUGGUGAACACGCUGAUGAAGUGCACGCCGCAUUACAUCCGCUGCAUCAAACCCAAUGAGACAAAGCGGCCGAAAGACUGGGAGGAGAGCAGGGCCAGGCAUCAAGUAGAAUACCUCGGACUGCGGGAAAACAUCCGCGUACGAAGGGCUGGAUUCGCAUAUCGGAGACUCUUCAGUAAAUUCCUGAUGAGGUACGCCAUUCUGACAGCCGAAACAUGGCCGUGCUGGAGAGGGCCAGAGCAGCAGGGGGUGCUUCACCUCCUUCGCUCCGUCAACAUGGAUAACGAUCAGUACCAGAUGGGACGCACCAAAGUCUUUGUGAAGAACCCCGAAUCGCUGUUUCUGCUUGAGGAGAUGAGAGAGAGGAAGUUUGACACUUUUGCCAGAAUCAUUCAAAAAGCCUGGAGAAAAUUCAUCGCGAGGAAGAAGUACGAACAGAUGAGAGAAGAGGCCUCAGACAUCCUGUACAACUCCAAAGAGCGGAGGAAAAACAGCAUCAACAGGAACUUCGUUGGCGACUACCUCGGGCUGGAGCAGAGGCCUGAGCUGCGGCAGUUCCUCGCCAAGAGGGAGCGCGUCGACUUCGCUGAUUCGGUUAACAAGUUUGAUCGCAGGUUCAAGUCUAUCAAGAGAGAUUUGAUCCUGACACCGAAAGGCAUCUAUCUGAUUGGCCGAGAGAAGGUGAAGAAAGGACCUGAGAAAGGACAGAUAAAGGAAGUACUAAAGCGGAAGAUGGAGUUUGGAGGCAUCAGCAGUGUCUCUCUCAGUACGAGACAGGAUGAUUUCUUCAUCCUCCACGAAGCCCAGUAUGACAGUUUGCUGGAAUCCAACUUUAAGACAGAGUUCCUCAGUUUGCUUUCCAAACGCUACGAGGAAGUGACAAAAAGAAAACUGACAAUCUCCUUCGGUGACAGGCUGGAGUUCAGAGUGAAGAAGGAGGGCUGGGGUGGAGGAGGCACCAGAAUAGUAGUGUUCCAGAAAGGCCCUGGAGACGUGGCCCAGCUCAAACCUGGAGGGAAGACCCUGUCUGUCACAAUAGGAGAUGGUCUACCCAAAUCCUCCAAGCCAACCAGGAAGUCGUUUCCUCCGUCUUCUGGUGGAGGAAGAGGAGGAAGAAACCACGUAGCGCCCAAUUCGCAUCAGAACGGUGGAGCCAAAUUCCCCAGAGGUCCUCAUAACCCACAAGCCGAUAUCACGUAUUCCUCCCCGCAAAAGCAGGGCCGACCACUCCAGGGAGGCCCGCCCAAACUGGGAUCCCAGAGAGGGCCCCGACCUCCAGCGCCAAACCAGUACAACCAAGGAAACUUGGACUUCCUUAAUGUGCCUGAUCAGGGCAUGUCAGGGAAGCAGAGGAAAAUGAGCAUCCCCCAGCGACCUCCUCCUGCUCCUAAACCGCAGCCUCGACCUCAGGGUCCUCGCUGCCGGGCGUUAUAUCAGUACGUCGGCCAAGACACGGAUGAGAUCAGCUUCGAGGCCAAUGAUGUGUUAGAUCUUGUCAAAGAAGACCCGUCAGGCUGGUGGACGGGCAGAAUUAGAGGGAAGGAAGGUCUCUUCCCGGGUAACUAUGUGGAAAAGAUUUGAUGAGAACCUUGCGAACGUGUCUGUGUUUGCUCAUAAACAGAUGUAAUUCAGCACAUUCAGAAACUGCCUGCGAGUUGUUCACGGAUGCAUCGGGGCUUUCAAAGGGUCGAGCUCUCUGAUGUUUGAGCCCCAGCUAAUUUACCCGGCAGCGUGCUGUAGAAGCAGAACACAUGAAGGAUUACUCUUGGGUUUAUUAUCGCUAAAGCACAACUGCAAAUAGCUGCUCAGGUUCCAUCUUUGUCUUGGUGUCAAACAAUCCCGUUGAGAAAGAAACCAGCGAGGUCUUCGACGUCACCUCUGACUGGUUCCUCCACGACUCAAGUUACGCCGAGUGAAGGCGUGACAGAAGAGCAGCAUGAAAAUACUGCAUCGCUUCCUGAUGUUUACACUGUUUUAUCUGCCUGAAGCUUUCUUCACGAUCAAUGACGACCACUUCUUUUGAUUAAGUCAACAAGCGUCUAAUCGAGUGAUAACAGACUUUUGAAAAUACUGAUGAUGAUGAUGCUUUUGCUCUGAAACUUCAGAUCAAAUCAAAGCCAUUAAGAGGAGCAACAUUUUAAUGUCAGUUAUCUUUUUUAUACUCUGAAUUUUUUUACUGAUAUUUCUCGUGGUAUUUUCUUGUAUUUUCGUUUUAAUAAAAAAAGGAAAAAACUUUUAUUUCCACGUUUUUACCUCGGGGACUUUUGCACGUGUUUGUUUUGUGUUGCCAGUAAGUUAGAAAAACAUUUGUGAAGAGCAGAACACAAAGAAAGAGAUGGAUGAACUUGAAUGUGAUUAUUUUGGCCAGCUUUGUAUUUUUAUUUUAACUUGUGGUGGAUUUUUGUA